UUCCUUAACUCUACUUUCAGGAGCUCUUUAAGGGUUUCUACUUUCGUUUUCAUGACAGUAAAGAAGACGACUGGUGUCACUCCUUGAGCUCCAGACUCAGAGCCACACAGUCAUAUAUUCAUCAUCUGCGUUUAGUAUUUCAGACCUAUUAAUAGUCAGCUCCCAGCCACUGCUAAACCACUGUGACACACACACACACACACACACACACACACACAGUGCUCUACAGCUGGACUCAAAUAUCACAUCGACCGCCACCAAACUGAAGCCUGCCGAGGAGGAAGCACGUUACAGGUUGCUGGUUUCCGUGAUUGAUCACAAAUUCGUGAGGUUUCAUUUACUUUGUGUGGUUCUGUGCUGCUGUUAUUUAAAGAUUACGGAUGAAUUAUUUUCAGAUGAGGUUCUGCAGGCUAGUUUGACUUUAGGGUGUGAAUAGGCAAACAUUUUCCUGUCCUCUCCUGCACCCCCUCUGAGGAGGACCUCUGUGUGUGGAGAUGUUUAGUUGUUUUUUUUAGAGUUAAAACGAACUUUUGACAGAUAGAACUCAGUAUUUACUGUCAGAUCUUGUGGUUACGGCAUCACAGAUAUUUUCUUUUGUUUCUUCUUCUCACAGGUUGUUUGAUUCGUCGAGGGCGGAAAGAAGCAGACUUCCUCUCAGCCUCCUCCCCCUCCCUAGCAGCCCAUCUUGCCUCUGGAGGAAAAAGGGGGUAGAUGGUGUGUGCUGCAGCAGAGGGAAGGUGCUCAGCGGCAGCAAGUCUGACAAGCCUCACCUCCUCAGACUAACUCACAACAGUCAGAAACAUUUUCCUGGAGCUUGUUUUGGAUAUUCGAGUCGAGGCCGGAGGGUAAUCGGCAAACAUGUCUCCGUUUCUGCGGAUUGGGUUCUCCAACUUUGAGAUCGAUUCGGGUUUGGCUUACUACGAGGAGGUGCUGAACCCUUACUGUGCUGUUUACAUGAAGGAGGCCAUCGACACAGACAAAGGCCAAGUGUACAAGCAGAAGAAGCCCACCAUGUACCCACCGUGGAGCACCACCUUCGAUGCCCACGUGCACCCCGGACGCAUCAUGCACGUGAUGGUGAAAGACCGGACGGCAGAGCUGAAGUCGGAGGCCACAGUGGCUUUGGACUCACUCGCCACGCGCUGCAAGAAGGAGAACGGCAAGCUGGAGAUCUGGCUGGAGAUGAAGCCGCAGGGCCGCCUGCUGAUGGAGGCCAAAUACUAUCUGGAGAAAAGUGACACUGCAGGUCAGACUGACGCUGACCCGGAGUCUGAUCGGGGCCGAGACGGUCUGUUCACCCUUCAUCAGCGACGCGGUGCCAUCAAGCAGGCCAAAGUUCACGUUGUCAAACGUCACGAGUUCAGCGCCACGUUUUUUCCUCAGCCGACCUUCUGCUCCGUCUGCAAAGAGUUCGUCUGGGGUCUUAACAAGCAGGGCUACCAGUGCAGACAGUGCAACGCUGCUAUUCACAAGAAAUGCAUAGACAAAGUCAUUGCAAAAUGCACCGGUUCAGCCAUCAACAGCAAAGAAACGAUGAUCCACAAGGAGCGCUUCAAGAUCGACAUGCCCCACAGGUUUAGGGUCUACAGCUACAAAAGUCCCACCUUCUGUCAACACUGUGGGACUCUGCUGUGGGGGCUCGCCAGGCAGGGGCUCAAAUGUGACGAAUGCAGCAUGAAUGUUCAUCACAAAUGCCAGAAGAAAGUGGCCAACCUCUGCGGUGUCAACCAGAAGCUGAUGGCAGAAGCUCUGGCCGUCAUCGAGAGCCAGCAGCAGGCAAAAAGCACCAAAGACAGUGACAUCAUUAGUCGAGAAGGACCAGUUGGCGUUGGCCAGCCGGGGGUGGUCCGAGCACUGUCUGGGAUAGUAACGGGUCUGCCUGUUGCAGCCACACCUGCAGGCAAAGAUAUGGUGGGUGUUUUGUGGGAGGGGCCACCAGAGGUCAGCAGGUCGACCCCUGAGCAAGCCUCAGAAGAACCUCUUUACGCUGUCCCAAAAAAGGAUCACCAACCUAAAUUCACCAUCGAGGAUUUCACUCUGCACAAGAUGCUCGGGAAAGGCAGCUUCGGAAAGGUGUUUCUGGCCGAGCUGAAAAGGAGCGGCCAGUUUUUUGCAGUGAAGGCUCUGAAGAAAGACGUGGUGCUGAUGGACGACGACGUGGAGUGCACCAUGGUGGAGAGGAGGGUUCUGUCUUUAGCCUGGGAGAAUCCCUUCCUCACACACCUUUAUUGCACGUUCCAGACAAAGGAAAACCUCUUCUUUGUGAUGGAGUAUCUAAAUGGAGGAGAUCUGAUGUUCCACAUCCAGAACUGCCACAAGUUUGACCUUCAUCGAGCCACUUUCUAUGCUGCUGAGAUCAUCUGUGGUCUCCAGUACCUACACUCAAAAGGAAUCAUUUACAGAGACCUGAAGCUGGACAACGUGCUGCUGGAUUCAGACGGUCAUAUAAAGAUAGCAGACUUUGGGAUGUGUAAGGAGAACAUGCAGGACGAGUCUCGGACCUCCACCUUCUGCGGGACCCCUGACUACAUCGCCCCUGAGAUCCUGUUGGGUCAGAAGUACAACAGCUCAGUGGACUGGUGGUCAUUCGGCGUGCUGCUCUACGAGAUGCUGACUGGUCAGUCUCCUUUCCACGGCUGCGACGAAGAGGAGCUGUUUCAGUCCAUCCGAACAGAUAAUCCCGUUUAUCCCAGCUGGCUGACUAAAGCAGCAAAGGACAUUCUAGUCAAGCUGUUUGUGAGGGAGCCUGAGGAGCGGCUGGGCGUGAAGGGCAACAUCCGACAUCACGGGUUCUUCAGCAGCGUCGACUGGAAGGCUGUGGAGCAACGGCAGGUGGCGCCGCCCUUUAAACCCACUUUGACGUCGCCGAGCGACUGCAGCAACUUUGACAAAGAGUUCAUCAACGAGAAGCCCAGACUGUCGAGCGCUGACCGCACACUCAUCAACAGCGUGGACCAGACCAUGUUCAGGAACUUCUCCUUCGUUAACCCCGGGAUGGCUCGCAUCACGGCGCACUGACGUCACCGAAAUAAAAGGCUAACUUUAAACAAGCAACACUGGACCGGAGUUCAACAAACUCACAAACGUACGAGAAGACCCUCCCAGAGAAGGUAACCUGACAGGAGGGCUUUUAUUUAGGAUUAAGGACGGUCUCAUGAUUUAAAAGUCAUCAGGAAAACUGUCUCUGUGUAACUGUGAGUCUUAAAGCUGUAACAUGUCCUGCAGUCAGACAUAAAUCCUCAGAAAACCACAACUGUUGUUCUUUUGGCAUCAGGAAGAUUUUAUUCUAGAAUUUUAAUGAAUUUGAGUAACUAUGCUUCAAAAGCUACCGUUCAUAUGUAAAUAACUGACGUAAAUGCUGUGCUGUCUCAAACUAUUCACAUUGUUUAGACGUGUUGCAGAGAUGAAUCUCAGAGGCGUAACCGGAUGUGUCAAGAGUCCUCGAUCCGUGCAAUUUUGAGUUUUAUUGUUGAUCGUGAGGAAUAAAGUCUGUUUUUUAAAUGUUGUUUAGUAACAGCUUGUUUACAGGUGAAGUAGAAGUGUUUACUUGAGGAAAAUCUUUUUCAACUUACAGUAACAUUUUACUUUGUUAAAGAGCAAGUCACCCCCUACCAGAGUAUUACUCCACUCCCACUUCCUGUUUGAAAGAUGCAAAAAUGCUGUUGCCUAGCAGACCGAGAGGGCGGAGCCACUAACAAAUACACACACACACAGGCUCACACCCACAUUGUGACAUCAUAUGGUACCAGCUAACGUUCUAGGGUACCUCUUAGCCAAUAGCGAUGGCAGAUUUAAAUUCAAAUGCAGUGCAGAGUUUGUACCUGACAACGGCACAACACUGACAGUUUUAGGCAGAAUAUUUAAAUUUUCAAACUAAAAUGCACUUAAGUGCUAAACUGUUGACUACACGUGUCUGCAGCACGAUUAGACACGCAUUUACAUAGUUUAUCAGGAAAAAAAAAGUAGAUUUGGGGGUGACUUGCUCUUUAAAUAGUUCUUGAAGAAAUUAAGCAAACAUAUGUCCAAAAUUUUAAAAGCUAUAUAUGUGCAGGCAUGGUGUGUGUGUGUGUGUGUGUGUGUGUGUGUGUGUGUGUGUGUGUGUGUGUGUGUGUGUGUGUGUGUGUGUGUGUGUGUGUGUGUGUGUG